UUCUGCACCGGUAGCUUUAGACAAAGGACUGGGAUCAAGACAAAGAGACAAUCUGUGUUUCAAAGAAGCGGCGGAAAGUGAAGUUGAAUUCACAUUUUGGCAGUCUUGGAUGUGUCCUGUGCUAACUUAAGUUCACACUGAUAGAACUGAGUCAGUAGCCAGGAGCGGCUCUUUGCCAUGGAGGCUAUGCAUUUGCUGGACAACUGGAGAGAGGAUCUUCAUGUGUCACAGGGAGCCGUGGACAGCUCAGUGGACAUGGACCGCCUGAACAGGAACAUGCCUGAGUGUGGACGGAAAACCCAUCAAGUGUUGCAGGGCACCCCGCUGGACCUUAUUGAGACCGGAAAGGGGCUGAAGUUCCAGGCAGAGCGCCCACAUCUGGUCAGCCUGGGCAGUGGACGACUGAGUACAGCCAUCACCCUGCUGCCCCUGCCUGAGGGCCGGACCACACUGGGUCAUGGUUCCAUGGACAUCAACAUCCAGGGGCCCGGGGUGGCAGCUCAGCACUGCUACAUAGAGAACAGGUCGGGGGUCAUCACGCUGCACCCCUGUGGAAACCUCUGUGCUGUUGACGGUCUCCAGGUCACACAACCCAUGCGCCUGUCACAAGGCUGUAUGCUGUGUUUUGGCCAGUCAGCCUUCUUCCGCUUCAACCAUCCUGAAGAAGCCUUCAGGAUGAAGAGCAUGGUGCCCCAGGGAGGAAGUGUCUCCACCAGGGACUACAGACCAUGUCCAGACACCGAGAGCUUGGUCAAUGGGAAUCACCAGGCCAGUGCAGCCCAGUCUCCCCCUGCUCCUGGAGAGAGAGUCCAGUCUGAGCACAGUGCAAUCGUCAGCUCUAUUGAGAAGGACCUCCAGGAUAUCAUGGACUCCCUAGUCAUGGAUGACUCCCAGCCUUCUUCCUCAGAAGGCAAAAAGCCUCCUGGAGGCCAACCCAUUCCCCACUCCCCUCUGUCGCCUUUGGUCAAUGGAGGGGGCCGCUAUCUGCUGUCCCCUCCUACCAGCCCCGGUGCAAUGUCUGUAGGGUCCAGCUAUGAGAAUACAUCCCCUCCUUUCUCUCCCCUGUCCUCCCCUUCAGCAGCCAGCAGUGGGAGCUUCACAAGCCCGUCUCCUAGUGGAGGACCCCAGGACCAGAGUUCUUCUCUGCCGCCAGUGCCUGUACGUUCCUCUAGCUACAACUUCACCACCCAGCCUCCACCUGUACCCCAGCCACGGACCAUACUGCCUAACUUCAGCAGUGGUGGGGUGGGCCAGAAGGUUCAGGAAAGCCCCAGGCUGCAGAGGAAGGUCUUAACAGAGUCUCCUCCGAGCCCCAAGCCAAGCCGCAGAGGACUAGGCCAAGAUGGGUUUGAGAGCCCCCGACAGACUCCCCUUCUGUCCUCUAAUGAAUCUCUCAGUAGUAGAAACAUUGUGCCAAGUAGCCCCCGGCUCACUCCCAAAUUCCCUACCUGUUCAUCUCCGUCACCCUCCAGUCCCAGGACCAAGACAACCACAGUGCUCCAGGAAAGGCCUGCCAGCCCUUUCAGAGAGCAGAACAGUCUAGCUGAUUUCUCUAUAACCUCCAGCCCCUCCAGGCAACUUUCCCAACCCACCAAAGCCUUCCAGCCUCCCCUGGACCCUAUCAUCCAUAUCAUCCAAGGAUCGCCGCUCCAGCAGCAUCCACGUUCACUGCAGCCUCCUGAAAGCCCCCGCAUGGCUAGGAGAAACAUGGAGCUGAACGGUGGAAGUGGAGGGGGCAGCAGUAUGAGAGAGCUGCCACCUCUUAGCCCCUCAAUAGCUCGGAGAGGGGUCCCGGUACUCCCAGGGGCGCUCCCAGGGACAGUCCCCACUUUGAGGACUCCAGAUAGCCCCUCAAGUCUAAGCAAGUUUGUCCCAGAGAGUCCCAGGCUCCGACGCAAGUCCGGAUCUACAUCCGAGGAGCUGAUGUGCAGCAGGGGGAUCCGAGCCCGCAGUCCGUCGCCUACCUCUAUGUUGAUGGAGGGUGGUGGUGGUGCUGGAGUACGGAAGGCAAGCUUUGGGAAUUCCCUGUCACCUGCUUACAGUCUGGGCUCCCUGCCUGGCUCGUCCCCUGUAGCCAGCCCCAGGACCCACAGGAAGAUGUCCGCAGGGAGACCCCACCCUGGGAUGAGGGAGAGGAAGAACAGCAUCACAGAAAUCAGCGACAACGAGGACGAGCUGCUUGAGUACCACCGACGACAGAGAGAGGAGAGGCUUCGAGAGCAGGAAAUGGAGAGACUGGAGAGACAGCGACUGGAGACCAUCCUAAACCUCUGUGCCGAAUACAACAAAGGAGAGAGCCCUGGCCUGGACCCCCUAGGCUCGGGGAGGACAGGUUUUCCCGGGGGGCUGACAGAUGGCUUUGGUCGGAGACCGUCCAUGGAGAAUGUCCUAGGAGGGACACCGUCCUCGGCCGCGCUCCGCCUGGCGCAGAGACAGAGAGAGAGUGACGAGGAGAACCUGAAGGAGGAGUGUAGUAGUACAGAGAGCACUCAUCAGGAGGUGAGGACAUCGCCUGCUCCCAGCACAGCAUCAGCACUGCACAAUGGAGACAGACAGCAUGAGGACUCACCCAGUUCAGGCAGCGCCGGUCGUCUGGAGCUGGGUUACCUGGAGGACGAGCGGGUUCGUGUUCUCGCUCGGAUCGAUGAGCUCAAAACCCGGCUGACGGAGCUGGAGCAGCAACACCAGGAGUCCAAACAAGAGGCAGAGAUGGAGCGUGCCCUGCUGCAGGGCGAGAGGCAGGCGGAGCUCGACCAGAUGGAGGCUGAAACGGACAUCAUCACUCAGCUGCAGCACAAGCUGGACGAGCUGGAGAGCGCCAUCCAGAGGGAGAAAGACAAGGAGAGGGCUAAUGUUGAGGCCGAGCGUCGGGCCCUGCAGAGCCUCCAGGAGGGCUACGCUGAGUUGAAGAACCAGCUUCAUAACUGUCCCGAGUCCCUGCGGGAACAGUUGCAGGAACAGCUCAAAAGGGACGGAGAGGCCCUGGAAGCAGGAACCAAAAAGUUUGAGGACCUGGAGUUUCAGCAGCUGGAGAGAGAAAGCAGCCUGGAGGAGGAAAGAGAAACCAUCAGCCAGCAGCUGCUCCAGGAGAGAGCAGAGUACCACAGCAGUGUGGCCAAGAGGAAGGAGAAGGUGUCUGCUCUGGAGAAUCAGGCCAACCAGCUCGGCCUGCAGGCGUCUCAGGAGUGUGACCGGCUGGCCAAAGACAGGACCCUCACACUGCAAAUGCUCCAAAAGGAGAAGGAGAGGCUGUCGGCCCUGGAGAAGAGAUACCACAGCCUGACGGGUGGAAAGGGCUUUCCCAAGUCCUCCACUGCAAUGAGAGAGGAUUACAUGAAGCUGUCGGAUGUCUAUAAGAUGUACGGCAGCAGCGGCCACCACGAAGGCAGCAAGCCCACCUCUCACAGCCGCUCGUUUGCCAUAGAUGCUGCGUUAGCUGGCGCCUGUGAGGAGUAUGUGACAGUGGGCCAGUUAAAUCAGAUGUAUGGGAUGCCAAAGGUGGAGUCGUCCCCUACUUCCCCGCUUCGCCAGUCCCUGCAGCCUGGAGCAGUAGACCCCGCCUUCUCCUGCCUCCCCUCUCCUCAUGGCUCCUCCCUCUCUCUCUCUGUGGAGUACCAGUCUGAGAGCGGUAGGCCUCACAACCCCAGGCUAGAUUUAGAGCAGUGGUACCAGGAGCUGAUGGCUUGCUCCAGCCAGCUCUGUCCUCCCCCUCUGCCAGCCAAGUCUCUGUCGGGCCGCAGGCCUGUGCUGCAGGUGUUCCGCUCUAAGCUGGACAGUGAUCCAGGCCUGUCUCUUCAUCAGCCUAAGUCAGGCUCGGCAUCCCCUCUGCAGCACGGAGCAGCGACACUGGGACGCAACACAAGCUCAAAGAGCCCUCUUCUGGCGGCCAACAGCACUGGCAGUCUGCCAAGGAACCUGGCUGCAACCCUGCAGGACAUUGAGACCAAGAGACAGCUCGCUCUGCAGCAGAAAGGUCAGCAGGUGAUCGAAGAGCAGCGUCGUCGUCUGGCCGAGCUCAAACAGAGAGCGGCGGUGGAGGCUCAGUGUCAGUGGGAUGCGCUCCACGGCUCUCAGCCGCACCUCAUGACUUCGACCUCCUCAUCACCUUCCUACUCCCCGGUCAUGGCCUACAGCCCUGCGCUGAGCCACAGCUCUAUGGGCCCUCCUCCUCUGGUUCACCACUCCAUCCUGCACCACCAGCCCCCAUCAGCCGGAGAGCAGCCCUAUGACACGUUGAGCCUGGAGAGCUCCGACAGCAUGGACACCAGCGUGUCCACGGGGAACAACUCGGCCUGCUCACCAGAUAACAUGUCCAGUGUUGGUGGAGCGGACACGCUGAAGAUUGAGGAGAUGGAGAAAAUGCUGAAGGAGGCGCAGCUGGAGAAAGCCAGACUUAUCGAAUCGCGGGAACGAGAGAGCCUGGCUCGCCGUCAGAUGCUGGAGGAGGAGAGGAGGAGGAGGGAGGAGGCCGAGAAGCGACUGCAGGAUGAAACUUUCCACCGGCAGCAGCUAGUGGAGAAGGAGGUCAAGAUGAGGUCCAAGAACUUCUCUCAGGCCCGUCCUAUGACUCGCUACCUGCCCAUCCGGAAGGAGGAGUUCGACCUGCGCUCGCACGUGGAGUCGUCGGGCCACAGCGUGGACACCUGCUACCAUGUCAUCCUCACAGAGAAGAUGUGCAAGGGCUACCUGGUGAAGAUGGGAGGCAAGAUCAAGUCCUGGAAGAAACGCUGGUUCGUCUUCGACCGCCUCAAAAGAACCUUCUCCUACUAUGUUGACAAACACGAGACCAAGCUGAAGGGUGUGAUCUACUUCCAGGCCAUAGAAGAGGUCUAUUAUGAUCACCUCCGCAGUGCCACAAAGAGCCCAAACCCCUCCCUGACGUUCUGCGUAAAGACCCACGACCGGCUCUACUACAUGGUGGCCCCCUCAGCAGAGGCCAUGAGGAUCUGGAUGGAUGUGAUCGUCACAGGAGCAGAGGGAUACACACAGUUCAUGAACUGAGAGAGACAGUGCAGUGCAGAGAGCGCAGGCGACGAGCAUUUCGGCAGGGACUCUCCCAUCACAGACUCUACAGGCCCUCCAUGUUUCCAGUCCGCAGCGGACACAACGCCUUGUUUUGUUACUUAUCAUUUUUAAUCUCACACUUUGAUUAGAUGUUUUCACCUCCACAUUUUCUACGUGAUUCAGUUUGGAUUAAAAAAGGGAGCUGUUGGAGGACACACACUUACACACACCUCUGUAUAUAAACCAAAAUGUAUACCUAUCAGAGACUUUUAAAAAGCCUUUCUAUAUUGCCAAAUGGAGAUCUUGUAGUUACUGUUCGUUGGUCCUUUUAUAUUAUUUGUUUCCUUUCUUUUUUUUUUUUUUUUUUUUUUACUUAUACAAAAAAUUGCCAAAUGACAUAAUGCCAAUGUUUUGUUUGAGUGUUCGUCACGACUAUGCUCAGUUCAGACAGAAAGAGUUUAAAAGAAUCUCCAAUCAAAUGGUGUAAACAAUUUAGAAAUAUAUUUGACAGAAUCUUAUUCAAAAUGUAUUAAUCUAUGAGAAAUAACAGAAAUCAGUCAGUCAGCAGGAGAUUAUCUAGGAGCCCAGCACACUUGUCUGUAACAGUGAAACACAGUAAAACAUUGCAUCAACCAAGUCCACAAGUCACUUCACAUCACUGCUGCCCUUAGACUAAAGACUAAAAUUAAAUCAAGUGCAGCAUCCACAACACAUUAAGGGAUCCGGAGCUACAGGCUAGACUGUACUUCACAUAGGCUUACCAAAGUAAUCAGAGGUAUUCUGUUAAGACUGACCCACUACAGCUCAGGAGUUCACUCUGCCGUUCUCACUAUGGUUCGAUGAACAUGUGGUUUGAAAAGCUGGUACUGGUAUUAGUAUUGAAGCUGCUGAUAAACAUUGUUUGGUUGUUGUAUCAUUAUUAAAAUAUUACUCGAAAGCUCCAGUAAACCCAGAAUAAUGAAGUACUUUCAGGAUUAGAACGUUAGUGUAACAUUUUGGGAAAUAAAAUUAUUUGCAUCCAGCUCCGAAGCUUUCAAAGGAGUUAGAGAGCUAGACAAAGAUGGAUAGCGCUCUCAUGUCUGUAUGCUAAAUAGGAAGCUAGCGCAAGACAGUUAGCUUAGCAAUGCGUAAGACUGGAAGUGGAGGAAAACUGCUAGCCUGGCCUGUUUAAUCUGAACAAAAUCGACAAGUUGUGGUUUAACAGGGAGUUACGUGCUGGAACUUCUUUUCGGUUUGGCCAGUGACUCCUACCUCUGCUUCCAGUGUUUAUGCUAAGAGCUGCCUGGCUCUGGCCUAAUUCUCUAAAUUUAAACUGCUUUCUCGCCAAGAGUUGGGUGAGAAGACUGAUGCCACUCUCGUAUGUUUACGCUAAAUAUGAAACUACAGCAGCUGGUUAGCUUAGCAGAAAGACUGGUAGCAAGGGGAGACAGCUAGCUGGUUUCUGUUCUAAAACACAGUAACAUGUUAUGUUUCUUGUAUGAGUGGUACGCAGAUUAUUUUUACCUUUCGACAGAGCCAGGCUUGCCUUUUCCCCUUGCUUCCAGUCGUUAUGCUAGGCUAAGCUAACGUUAACUGGCUCUAGCUUCAUAUUUAACUUAGCGAGCAAGCAAAAAGCAAAUAAGUGCAUUCCCCCAAAAUGCCUGUUAAUAGAAAAAAUCAGGCACUUUAAAAAAAAUACACUUAAUGUAUCCCUCAUAUGGAAUUUUCCCUUUUGCUGGGACACUUUAUAUCUGUAUCCAGUCUUUGCGCUAAGCUAGGCGGGAACAAGAUAGGCUCAACAUGCUUAUAAAAAAACUCCUCCAAACGUAACAAUUUACAAUGUAUUGAAAGUGGUCAAUCCAUUAUAUCAUUUGGAAGACACUCACCAAAUGUUGUCCAACACUCAGAGGCUGACUCCCCAAAACCCAUGUAUGUUGGUCAACCAUAGCUGCCACAUUGUCAUUGUACUGAAUAUGUUGAACAUGAUUAUCAAACCGUCUGAGUGAUGCUGCCAUCUUGCCAACUCAAGGUGCAAACUGCAUAUCUAUGUGUCCUCACGCAUAAACAGAAAAAGCUCAUCUAUUUGCCAAGUAGCCUUUAGCUAAAUUGAUGAUGCGACUACACAGCUGGGAAGCAGCCAUCAUCACUGCCAGCCUAAAGCGCAACCACGAGAGGGCGCGACAGCGACCACCCCCAACACAGGAUCAAAAAUAUGGACUCAUGCAAUUUAGAACUGUGCCUUGACUAUGUGUUAUUGACCAGUCCAGAUUUUGUAGCCUCCUCGCUGGGAGGCUACAAUUGUGUGAAUGAAUUUUAAUUUGUUUCUGAGCUGCAGUACAGGAUGUGGACAGGUCUGCAUGUUUGGUUUUUUGUUACACCACCAUGUGGACAUCUACCUGUAGCAUCGUUACAGGCAGAGAUACAGAAGGCUCUGAGCACAGUGUGGGAUCAUCAAGGUUGUUAUUUAACUCUGAAUGCACAAAAUAUUGUGUUCAUUUGUAAAAGGAGCACGCCACCAAUUUUACAUGUCAAAGUCCGUUCACUCAUCAAGGGGAGUACUAUUCAGCCUGUGACAACAGUUGUAUAGUGUCUUCUGUGGCUCCGCAGGAGCUUUGAGGCUGUGAAUAUACCCCUGAUGAUGUAGUCAUGACAUUUUUAUCAAGCUCCUUUUGCAAAAUUCCAGCUAAUAUGUACAUUCAGUAUUGGUUUACCAGGUUUACUUUGUCAGUUCAGAUUAUUCUGUAAAUCAUACCAAAUUCUGGGUUCUUGGAGGUAAAAAAACAAAAUGGAACUAAAUACCCUCUUGAAAUUCACAAAAACCUCCCUCCCUGCUUUGAAUCCCCACUGUGAGUAGAGGCCUGAGUGCAUGAGGACGGAUAAAGAAAUCUUUUAUCUUCAGCUUUAACGGACUGUAACUGACCGGGCUCACCUGGCAUCGUCUCCUCGUCAAAGUGUUACCACAUUGUGAAUCUAUUGAUCGGCCGUGAAACGUGACAGUUUGUAGUUAUACAGAUGCCGGAUGCUGUUUUCUAUCGUAGAAGCCGAGGACAAACUACGCUGUGAUUUUUGGAGCAUGUGAAACUGUUGUUUAGUUUCAUGUGUUGGUACAGUAAUGAUAAUUUAUGGUUGUGGUGCCUGAGAUAGUGACAUGUUUACUUCUAAAAAAAAAAAAGAAAAAAAGAAGACGACUAGUGAAAAGACCUUAAUAUAUUCUGUCCCCCUUGCCUUUACUUUCCCCGCACAGUUAACAUGUGCAAACCAAACUAUUCAACACUGGCAAGGCUGUUAAAUCAUGUCUGUUGAUAGUAGGUGGUAUAUACAUUACUGUUGUUAUCUAUGUUGAAAAGAAAGGAAACUAAAUAUACUGUAAAGAGGAUGCCUGAAUGAAAAAAAUAAUCUUGCUAUUGAAAUGAAUUGAAACAGUAUUGUAUGAAAAGAAUUACAAUUUUUACUUAUUUUUUUCAUUUUAGAAAUUUUAUUGUCAGCCACGUUACAUUUCAAAUUGUACGGUAGUGAUGUAUCAAUCUACCUUUUUUUUUUUUUUUUUUACUGG